AUGGCUUCAACAGGUUAUGGGCCCAGCAGAGAAUCACGCUGGUCAAGGUUGACUUUCGAUGGAAACGAAAGCAAUUACGAACUGUGGGAAGCGAAAUUCCUCGCGCACAUGAGGUUAUUAAAACUAAAGGAUACUAUCCUGCCGUCUGAAGAAGAGGCUGACGCAACAAAGAACGAAGAAUGCUACGCCGAGCUUAUACAGUGUUUGGACGACACCAGUCUGUCAUUGGUAAUGAGGGAUGCUACCGACGAUGGCCGAAAGGCUUUACAAAUACUCCGAGAUCAUUAUGCAAAUCAAGGCAAACCAAGAAUCAUCACACUCUACACUGAGCUAACGUCACUUGAAAAAGCACUUCACGAGACAGUCACAGAUUACUUAAUAAGAGCCGAGAAAGCAAUAACAGCGCUUAAGAACGCCAAAGAAACGUUAAGCGAUGGGCUAAUAAUUGCUAUGAUCUUAAAGGGGCUGCCUGAUUCAUAUAAACCGUUCUCGAUACAUGUGACCCAAAGUGCAAGUGAGAUAACGUUCGCGAAGUUUAAGAGCAUGUUGAGGAGCUUCGAAGAAACGGAAAAGCUCAACACCAAACCGAAAAUUGAUCAGGUAAUGAAAGCUGAGUUUCCUUCGCAAACAAUGACAUGUUAUGGCUGCGGGAAAAGAGGGCAUUUAGUCAGAGAGUGCCCUGCUAAGAGCGAGAAGAAGUGGUGUAACUAUCACAAAAGUACAACACACUCGGAUAGCACCUGCAGAAGUCAGCAAAAGAGCAAAGACCAAGCCAAACAGGUGUCGGAGAAAGAAAACACCUCUAAAGAUGAACAUUCAUUUGCAUUCAAAGUUAACGACGAAGCAACAGGGAAAAUCAAUCGAAUGGGAAUGUUGGUUGACACAGGUGCCACUUCUCACAUUGUUACUACUGAUAUUUUAAAGCAAAUAGACAUGACAUUUAAACCAUCAAAACAUUACAUUGAACUGGCUGAUGGCACACGAGCCAGUAAUAUUGCAUUGAAACGAGGGGAUGCUGAAGUGUUUCUGAAAGAUACAAAUGGAAAAUGUGUGAAAACGGUGCUGAAAACGCCUUAUAUAUACCAUCCUAUCCUCAAGAUAUUUUCUCAGUGAAGGCAGCCACAUCAAAUGGAGCCGAGCUUCGAUUUGCCCAAGAUACUGGUGAGCUAACCCUUGAAGAUGGUACCAUUGUUGAAAUUGAAGAACAUGGACGGUUGUACUAUUUGACUUCCAUAGACCGUCAUGAGAACGAUAGCGUAAGUGAAGUAGAUAAAGUAAAUCUCUCGUAUGAUAUUAACACAUGGCAUGAAAUCCUAGGGCACUGCAAUUUUGAAGAUAUUAUAAAACUACAGGGGGUAGUUAAGGGCAUGAAAUUCUCAGGUAAAAUUGAGUCAUCUAAGUUAAGUUGUAAUACAUGUGUAGAAGGAAAAUUUGUAAACAGCAGGAGUAGGAUUCCUGAUGCAAGAUCUCAAAAAUCAUUGGAGAAAGUGCAUGUGGAUUUGGCAGGUCCAGUUUCUCCUGUAUCAAGAGAGGGGUUUAAGUACUGCAUAGCUUUUACUGAUGAUUUCUCAGGAGCAGUAUUUGUUUACUUUCUGAAAUGUAAAAGUGACACCUUUGUAGCAACAGAGAAAUUUCUAGCAGACAUCACUCCUUAUGGCAAGGUAAGUUGCAUCCGUUCUGACAAUGGCUCAGAAUUUACAGGUAAGGCGUUUCAAACAUUACUAAGGGAGCGUGGCAUAAAACAUGAAACUUCUGCUCCCUACUCGCCACACCAGAAUGGCACCGCCGAAAGGCACUGGCGCACAUUGUUCGAAAUGGGCAGAUGUCUUCUUCUUCAAUCAGGGUUACCCAAAACUCUCUGGCCCUAUGCAAUUCAAACCGCAGCUCACAUUAGGAAUAGAUGUUUUAAUAAGAGAACAAAGACAACACCCUACUUUAGCCUUACUGGGAAAGUACCUGAUCUUUCUAAAAUGUGGAUCUUUGGAUCUGAAUGUUUUGCUUACGAACAGGAGCAUAAGAAAUUAGACUCAAGAUGCAGCAAGGGGGUAUUUGUGGGAUACGACAAAAAUAGCCCUUCUUACCUAGUCUACUACCCAAAAAAUGGGAAAAUCAUGAAACAUCGACUCAUUAGAUUCAUCAAGAAAUGUAGUGUAGAACAGCAAACACAAACUGAUGAGUCCAGCAGGGAUUGUGAUGUACAUGAGAAAUCUGAUCAUGAUACUAGAUCAGACUUAGAUAGUAUGAGCCUCCCUGUUUUAAGUGUAAUGCCGCCAAAUACAGUGCCUGAUGAGGAGCCUAGGGAUAGUGAGGGAAGGCAUUGCAACCAUACUGAGAAUGACAGUGAGACAAAACGGUAUCCUCAAAGAGAAAGGAACCCUCCCAGAUACUUAGAAGAGGACACCCUCCUCCCUAAGAAUGCCGAUUGUGCCCACAUUAGUGUAGGUUACUGCUACAAAGUUUGUGGAUUACCACAAAAUUACACAGAAGCCAUGGGAUCACCUCAAGCUAGGGAGUGGGAGCAAGCAAUGAAGGAAGAGAUCAGCUCUCUGAAGGAAAAUGAUACUUACGAAUUAUCAACUUUACCAGAAGGUAAAGCUUCAGUAGGGGGAAAAUGGGUGUACACAACCAAACAAGAUCAGAAUGGCUUAGAGUCCUUUAAGGCCAGAUAUGUAGCGAAGGGUUACAGCCAGGUAAAGGGUAUAGAUUAUCAAGAAACUUUCGCCCCGACAGCCAGUAUUACUUCAAUUAGGGUCUUAUUAUUAUUAUUUAUUAUUAUUAUUAUUAUUAUUUAAAAAUAUUUAACAACGGUAGCCCUAUCAGUUAUAGUUACUGUUUUCCAAGGGGCCGUUCACACAAGAGGGCGUUCACACGUAUAUACAUAUAUACAUACACAUACAUCUACAUAUAUAUAUAUAUAUAUAUAUAUAUAUAUAUAUAUAUAUAUACAUACAAAAGAAACUUAAACUACAAACUACUAUUAAUUACUAUAAUAACUAUUUACAAGAAUAUUUUAAUGAUUUCAAAAUAUCAUAUGCAAACUAAUCUGCGCCCCCAACAAUAGCUCUAAACCUCUUUAUGCCCAUUGACUUACUUUUAAGAUCAUUUGUGAGAUCAUUCCAACAUUUUGCACCAGAGUAACUAAUGCUUUUUUUCAAGAAAUUUGUAUUUGGCUUAUCUAACGUAAAGUUGUUUAAAUUGCUUCUUAAAGAGUAAUUUUGAUUAUCACAAAUAUUAAACAAAUUUCCUAUUGAAUCAGGUGCGAUCCCAUUUUUGACCUUGUACAUUAAUAAUGCUUUUUUGUUACGUCUGCGCUCUUCCAACGUUUCCCAGUUGAGUUGGCGCAGUAACUCCUUUGAAGGAACAUCGUAACCGCUCCCAUGCAGUUAGCAGUAAAACAAGAUCUUAUUGUCCACCAGAUAGACGUUAAAACUGCAUAUCUGCAUGCCCCCAUUACUCAAGAGUUAUACAUAGACCAGCCACAAGGGUUUGAAGAGGUUUCAGAGAGUGGUGAGAGGUUAGUAUAUAGACUAAAGAAAUCGCUAUAUGGUCUAAAACAAUCAGGUAGAAAUUGGAACAUAUUGUUACACGAGCAUUUAGCAAAUGACGGUUUUGUCAGAAACCAUGCUGAUCACUGUGUAUAUAAGAAACAAGUUGAUGAUAAAAUUGUUAUCGUCAUUGUUUGGGUUGAUGACCUAAUCAUAGCUUCAGAUAGUAUGCAGUUAAUGGAAGAAUUUAAAGAAAGUAUGAAGACACAAUUUAAGAUGAAAGAUCUAGGUAGAAUCACUUUCUUCCUUGGAAUGGAUUUUAAGCAAAGCAAGGGUGAAAUAAAAAUUAAUCAGAAAAGAUUCAUUCUUAAAAUACUAGAGAGAUUUGGAAUGAUAGACUGCAAGCCCAGGUUAACCCCAUGUGAGCAACGAUUAGAAUUUAACUGUGGUGAAUUGACCAACGCCAGACAGUAUAGAGAAAUGAUAGGAAGCCUAAUUUAUGCCAUGACCUGUACAAGGCCUGAUUUAAGUUGGAUUGUAAGCAGACUGUCUCAAACUCUGUCAAACCCCAGAACGGGAGAUUUAAUUGCUGCCAAACAUGUCCUAAGGUAUAUAAAGGGUACCGUGGAUUAUGAACUCUGCUUUAAGAAAUCUGAUGCUGACUUGCAGCUCACUGCUUAUAGUGAUUCAGAUUGGGCCUCUUGCCUGGAAGACAGGCGAAGUACUACAGGUUACUGUUGUACUCUAACUGAACUCUAA